AUGGUUGCAAUGCACUCCAGUAGAUCAAAUUCACAAGAUAGUCCACAGUCGGCGCAAAGCACAGGAAGUUUACAAAACACUCAAAGUUCAAAUAUGGAAAAGGACUUUUCGGCAUUUAAUGCAGGCUCCACAGCAAAUACGGAUUGCAAUGCAUCGUGCAGUGCAAAUAGGGAUUCCAUUCACUCUUUGGGAAGUAUCGAUAGUGGACAUAUUGGCGUAGAUGAUCAUAAUUUUGUGGACUCUGUAUCAUCAGUGCCUCCCCUGGAGAGUAAAGACUAUUACGACGAUUAUGCGUACCAGUACUACAAUACUUACUUUGUAAAAAAUAAAGAUGUGAGAUUGCCUCAAAGUAUAUUUUCUGGACUUUCGUUCAUGGAUGAUGUAGCAAUUAAUGAUCCUGAUACAAGUGCAAAUUUGGAAACCAACCACCCUAUUGAGGCGGAAGGAUCUAAAGACUCAGCGCUUGUGGAUCAUCCAAAAGAUGCUUCUUUUGUACAGGAUGAACGUUCAAUGGAUAAGCAUCAAACUGAGACCGGUAAUUCAUGCGAACUCUUGGACACUUGCACUCCACAAAACGGAUUCAAUAGCUCAGGAAGUGCGGUUGUAGAAUCCAUAUAUUCCCAACUUGAGCAGGCAUCUGGAGUGAAUAGUAUAAAUACACUACAAGGUAGACAUGUCUCCAUAGACGUUACAGACUCUCCUUUGGAAUUACAAGGCGGAGAUAAAAUUCCAAGCGUCUACGACCUCUACAGUCUAGACCCUAGAAUUUGCAGUCCACCAGUAACCUCAAUAGGAUUUAGAACAACCGUUGAUGGAGAUGAUACGGUCACUAGUGAUGUUGGAAAGGAUGUUAUUCUUGAAGAUGUACAUACAGAGAAUAGCUCUAUAGAAAAUAGAGCUGACUAUCUUGAUCAAGCCUCAGAGUCUUCUUCUGAACGACAAGGUACAAAGCAUGUCCAUUUUUCGGAUCAAGUUGAAAGGAUUGAUUCUGCAGACGGAGUUGGAUCUCACAAUUUUGAGAUUGAAAAUGGAGCUACUCCACCAUCAUCUAUACGCAAAACGUCAACAGGUUCGUAUGGCUCUGCAUACUCAUCCAUUACUUCAUAUUUUGAUGCCAAAAAUGGAGUUAGAAGUCUAAUUGCACGAUCGUUUGGACUAAAGAGAAGCUUAAGGAAGCAAAAGGCUGGAUUCCAGGCCAAGCGUGGCUACCUUCAGCCACUAACAACGUCGUCUCCAGAUAGCAUUGGAUCGCCUAGCAGCUCUGUAGGAGCGGUCUCUCCAGAGAACAGGAUGCAGUAUAUUAAUCCUACUAGUGAAAUGCGCACUGAACAUAGUGCUCCCGGAGAUUCUCCUCAACAACUUGGUCUAUCUAUCCCAGCUAAUGCUCAUCCUCAAAAUGAAGCUACUCAUUCUAAAGAUGAUGCAACGGCUGUGCAAGAGGUUACUGUAGAAGGCAUUGGCUCCACUUUAGCGCAGGAGUCUGCCGAUUUGCCAUCUGAACAGGUUAAUGAUCUUUCCGGAGCUCAAAGUGUUGGCAAGGAACCAGUAGCAGAGGAGUCUGCUGCAAAAGAAACAGGUCAACAGUUGACGGAAUCUCCGGAAACAACUCAGGCAGUCUCUGCGGAGCCUGUAGAAGCUCCAGAGUCAUCGGAUCUCCCAUCUCUGCUAGACUUUUUUCCUACGACAGACAACAAUUACAAAAGUCUCGCUAGUAUAACGAGCAACAUGGAAGGGAUUGAUCUCUAUGUUGUAGUUGCCGAAAUGAUGAUGAACAAAGUCAACUAUUUGAACGACAUAAACUCAUUCAUCAUAAACUACAGGGUAAUCGACCCUAGUGUGCUGGGAACCUCUGACACGGAGUUUUCCAUCCAGGUAUUUUCUCCAGUUAACGGAAAGGGAUAUCACAUUGGAUUUGGUGAUGUGCUACGUUUAAAGAGGGUCAAUGCAAUUGUGAGGACUUUUAGGGGCAAGAAAUACGUUAACAUUACGCUAAACGUUAAAAAGAAUUCCUCAAUUCGCAUGUGGAUUCACAAGUCAAACAAGAAUUUACAAGGAAACGAUAAUGGACCAGGCACUUCUGAAGCUGCAUCUCCUAAAGAUGCUACUGAAACUGAGGCAACUACAAGGAUACAAGAGUUGCAAGAUGAAGCGAUAAUAGUACGCGCGGGUGGUAAAACCAUCGUUUCUGAGGUGGACGUGCUAAUAAUUGACAAGUUAUUGGCCUGGGUUGACACUCUAAAACCACUGGAAAUCAUUUCAAAAUCAGAGUUUAGAAAGAAUCUAAUGGAUGCAGAGGAAAGACAACCCCUAGAUUUUAUUGUAUACAUUCUCAAGGUUGUUGGAACUUCAGAGGUGUUAGUUUGCGACUCUGAGUCAAAGGCUAUCGUCAAGGUCACUUCUGACGUCCUGCUCCUCAACGCAUUCAAAUCUGAAAACCCAGUAGGUCAGGGUAACUGGGUAAAGCUCAGAUCAUUUGUCAAAAAGGGAGACUUUAUAGUUAAUAUGGAACACUCGUCAAUAACGCGGCUACCGCCGCUCGACCUUCCACUCUACAAGGAACGAAUAGAAACUCCGAGACCAAGCAAGAAAAAGAGAAUUAUACAAAUCAACGAGUGGAACAGCACAUCCGCACUCAAUGGACACUUUCCGAGAAAGAUGACCAGACAUAACGGAUACGUCAAAAAGAUGUUGCAGCUCUCUAGUCACGAUGGCAACUUUGAAACCGUUUCAAAACCUCGCGACCGAGAACAGUCAUCACAGGAAGAAGGAGAAAUUCGCGCAUAA